AUUAUUGUAUUUAUAUAUUUGUCCAUUGCCAACCGUACUUAUAUUUGUUAAUGCCAAAUAAACACAAACAGACAUUGCUACCCAAGAAAAUGCCAAGUUGGCUUGCUAGGAAAGAAGAUGACAAAAAACUGAUUUAUAAAUGUAUCGAAGCAGCGACCAGGCUGAGCAAAUCUAAGCAAAAGAUGCGCUCGCGCGAAAAGUAACAAAAAGUCAACACACAUACGCUUAUACAGAGUGAGUCAGCGCUAUGCGGCAAGCUUUCAUAACACUUAAGAUAUACAGCAGACUCGCGGUAACAAAAACACCGCCUUGUGUGAACACCGGCUAACAUGGACAUAAUUUUUUUUACACUGACUACUCGGUAGCGUGAACACGGUGAGAAAGCCCUAUAACGUGAACAAAUUUAAAAUGUAUUUAAAACGUUAUUUUCUUUUCUACAUGCAUACAUAUGUAUGUUAAUUAUGGGAAUCGUUUUAUAAAACGGGGAAUACCCGUAAAUUAUUGCUUCUGAGUAUACUGAGAUGGAUCGAUGUGGAUUGGCAUUAAAAUUAGUGCGCGUUGCUGACUUUGCAUGAUCUAAUCUAAAGUUAUUAGUGAAAAAUGUCGCAAAAACGACCAAAAUACUUGUCUUUAAAGGAAAAAGUUGAUGUAAUAGAAAAAUUAAAAGGAGGAUCAAGCGUAACCAGCUUAGCAAACCAGUACAGUGUUGCAAAAUCAACAAUUUGCGCUAUCAACAAAAAAAAGAGAACAUUUUAAAAUGUGUUAACAGUACAUUUUCUGGGCCUGGAAAGCGGAAGACUUUGAAGUGUUCGGAACUUCCUAAAAUGGAAAAAGCGCUUUACCGUUGGUUCCUUAAACAGCGACAAAAAAAUUACCCUGUCAAUGGAUUGAUAGUUAAAGAAAAAGCUAAAUUUUUUCAUUCAAAAAUUAAAGAAACUCAAAGCGAUUUUAAUGCGAGUGAUGGAUGGUUGCAACGCUUUAAGAAGCGCUAUGGUGUGCGUUUUAUUAAAAUAAGUGGAGAAAAGUUAUCUUCUAGACCUGAACUUGUGGACCCUUUCAAAAACAAGCUGCAAGCCAAAAUUAAAGAGCUAGGGCUGUCGCACGAUCAAAUAUAUAAUGCAGAUGAAUCGGGACUAUUUUGGAAGCUGCUACCUGACAGAACAUACGUAUCCUCACAAGAAAAAAAUGCUCCAGGAAGAAAAACGGAAAAACAGCGUGUCACUUUUCUGGCUUGUACAAACGCAACAGGGGUGCAUAAAGUUAAACUUCUUGUUAUUGGAAAGGCAAAAAAUCCUCGCUCUUUUAAAAAUUUUGAUUCUCCUGUUGACUACAAUUGCUCCAAGUCGUCAUGGAUGACGGCUGCCAUUUUUAAAGAUUGGUUUCACCAUUCGUUUGUACCACAGGUCAGAAAAUUUUUAAAAGAUCAAGGAUUGCCCAAUAAAGCUCUGCUGUUGAUAGACAAUGCUCCAUCUCAUCCUCCCGAAAAUGAAUUGAGAUCAGAUGACGAGUUAAUAACUGCAAUGUUUAUGCCACCUAAUGUCACUCCACUCAUACAGCCAAUGGAUCAAAAUGCCAUACGACUUACAAAAUUUUUCUACAGAAACAGUCUUUUGGCAUCAAUUGUAGCCACAGGGACUGAUGUUAUUGAAGCCCUAAAGAAAUUGACGUUAAGAGACGCUAUUGGCUAUUUAGAUUUAGCUUGGCAACGUCUUGAAAAGGAAACAAUAGCAAAAUGCUGGACGAACAUUUUAAGCUCUAUAGAAGAUGAAAAAGACUGUGAUGAGGAUAUUCCAUUAGCUACUUUGAGAGAAAGGAUUUGUUUACCAAUUAACUGCCAACAAGAACGCGCAAUAGAACUGCUUCAUUCAAUUAAUCCAGAGGUUAGUUUUUCAAUUGCUGAUAUCAAUGAAUGGACUGAAGAUUUUCCUAACUCAACCGAAACGAACGAGGUUUUAACUAGUGAUGAAAGUGAAAGCGAGGAUAGUAAUCUGGAAAGACCACAUACAAGAAUAGAGCCUAGUGAAGCAAUCAAUAUUUUUAAUAAAGCUUUGGAAUGGGCGGAAGAUGAAAAUAUAAGUCCAACAGAUAUCAGCGUACUUAAACGUCUCCGCGAAAAAGCCGUGUUCAGCAAUUUGCAAAAUAAGAAAAUCCAAAAAAAGAUAACCCAUUUUUUCCAAUAAUUUCAAUAGGUAUUUUUUUUCUUAACAAAACCUAAACAUAUAAAUUACAUGUUUGUACAAUCUGAAAUAAAAUAAAAAUAAAUGAAUUUGAGUUAAAACACAUGUUUAAUUUAUUUGAAAAAUUUUAAAAAUAAUACCUUCGAAAACGUGAACAACCUCGCAAACGUAAACACGCUCGGUUUUUAAUAGUUCACGUUACCGCGAGUCUACUGUAUGUAUGUACAUUAGGGUGAUU